GCUGAAUAAAUAGUAAAAGAUCUAAUAUAGUUGUGUGAUGCAGAAGUGACGGCCUCGCCAUGAUUCGCGACCCCCCGGCCAUGCACAAGCCUGACAGUGCUCCCAGUCAGCAGGAUGAGAAGUACGCGCUCAGCAGCAGCGUGGCGAACACGGGCGGCGCGCGGCUGUGCGCGCAGUGUGGCAAGGUCAUCACGGAGCGGUUCCUCCUCAAGGCCAUGGAGCGCUUCUGGCACGAGGACUGCCUGAAGUGCGGCUGCUGCGACUGUCGGCUCGGCGAAGUUGGCUCCAAACUUUACUACAAGGCGGAUCUCAUGCUUUGCAAAAGGGACUAUCUUAGGUUAUUUGGUGCCACAGGCAACUGUGUAGCGUGCAACAAAGUCAUUCCGGCCUUCGAAAUGGUUAUGCGAGCCAAGAGUUUCGUUUACCACUUAGAAUGCUUUGCCUGUCAACAGUGCAAUCACAGGUUCUGCGUAGGUGACAGAUUCUACCUGUGCGACAAUAAAAUCCUAUGCGAAUACGACUACGAGGAGAGGCUGGUGUUCGCCAGCAUGGCGGCCAACCCCAGCGGCCUCGCGCACAUCCGCCGCCAAGUUAGCGGCUUACAGUCGCCCAGCGCAGGCUACAUCGGCGGCGCGGGCUGCGGCGCCGGCGCGGCCGCCGCGGACAAGGACGGUGGGAACUGCGCGGGCGCAGACGACGCCUCCAGCGGGUACGGCAGCCCGCCCGACCCCGACGUCUGCGACGCCGCGCGAUGACCGACGAUGCCGCGCCGACUUCUCGCCUCGGUGAAACCCCACUAGUGUCGGCGGGACCAUUGGCUGUCGGAGCUUCGUCCCUGAGGCGGACGUUUUCGACUCUGCAAGCACCCGGCAAUUCUCGAAAACACCGCAAAUAGAUUUAACAUGACAAACCCGAUUCUUGCAUUAUUUUAUUUUAUUUGAGUUGUAAACUUAAAGUUGUUAAAAUCGCAAAGGCGCCGACGUGUGGAUUUACUUCGCGACACCAGCGAGCAUAUUUUAUGAAUGCACGGGUACAUUAGUCUAGAAGGCGACUAUGGAAAUGUGGCCACUUUACAAAAUGUCCGGGAUGAGUCGCGAUAGCGUUGUCAGAACACGAUAUUUCCAUUAUGUAUACGAUUUGAGCACUUGUUUACAUGUUAAGAUAGCAGAGAGCCGCGCGCUGCGUGGGUAGCACUCUCAACCGAACCGGAUUACACUCAGAAGCAAUAACAAGGGCACAUUUUACGUCUCAAAAAUACAUAAUCAUUGCCUGGCGCUGUGAAUUUGGGAUACACAUACUUAUAAAAUUCCAAAACAGUAAAAUUUGACACUUUGUACUAUUGCUUGUGACAGUCUGAUUCAUAUCAACUUUUCGGUACAUUAUAGUACAGAGCGCUGGUGCAAUAUUCUAUGCUUUACCAACUCUGCACUAUCAUACAAUAGUUAUAAAAGCAAUCAAUUUUAACACACACUGGCGCAUAAUGUAAAAAUAAUGUUAAACAUUGAUAGUUGUAACAAUCGUAUGCAACGAUUCAGGUCCAGGCACAUAUAAGAUGUAUAAAAAUAAUUGUUGAUCGAUCUCAUUGUUAUGGAAAUGUUUGUACUUUAAUAACCCUAAAUAUUGUUAUCAUACAAGGUAUGAACUUCUAUUGAGGAUAAUUUGAUUAUUUUUUAUUUUUCCCUGAUUUGGUUAAGUAGGUGUACUGAUGUUAUUUUACCAAAGACAAGUUUCCGUUCAUAGAAUUUAAUUAUCUCCAGAACGAUUAAGAGCUGUUUAUAAAUCGAAUAAUAGUGAUAUAAAUUAUACUCUGAAGUGGUGCAAUGGUUAGUUAAGUACAUUCUGUAUAAAUAUUAGAAAACUAACUGUUUAAGGCGUUUCAUCGUUUGUGUUAUCUCCUGCCAUGGCUUCAGUGACUGUUCUUCGCGUGUCAAAUGUUCCAUCAUUCCAUAAAUUGCUAAAUUUGUGUUACGCAAAUUAUAAAAGAAAUAUUUAAAAGUCUAAAGAUUUCUAAAAUUGGAGUAUCGUAACAAAAAUUACGGCUACAUAAGAUAUUGUAUUUAUGUAAAUAUUCACUGUCAUUAGUUAGCAAAUAUUGGCUAGAAUAAAUGUUUCGAUCUUUCGUCAACAUCGACAGAAUGAGGUAAACGUCCUAGUGUAUGACAGACCGUUUGUUCUGUCUAUUGCUUGGAAUUAAGAUUGAAAGUGGUAACUAUUGGGACAGUUUCCAGCACUAGGACAUUUGCGCUAAAUGCUUCAUUUCACAGUUACUAUGUAAAUAAAUAUAUUUAUUUAAUGAUUCAACAAAA